GUCAUUUUGACUGCAUCAGUCGGGGCCCAACCACAGCUUCCGGGCAGUGUACCUGUGAACCUGCGGUGUUACAGGAAUACCAGCAUCACCGGAUCAUGUCAGCCCCUGGCCAUAAAGUCCUGCAUGGGAACAGCUGUCCCAUUUGCACAAACGUCCAUGUCUCUGGUGAAUGAUUCUCAAACUUUGGAUGAAGUAAAUGACAAGUUGAAGUUAUGGAGUGGGUUACGAAAUGUACCCCAGUGCUGGGCAGUGGUGCAACCAUUCUUGUGUUCUGUUUACUUACCAAAGUAAGUCAUCCUUUCAUUUACCUAUUAUCAACUGAAUAAGUAUUAAAAUUUUAAUAUCCUUUAUUCACAUUGGUCUAAUGUUAUAAGAUUCAAUAACUUAAGUAAAUAAACACUUGCAGACAGAAAAAAUUUGGGGCCAGCAUGAAAGAAACAUGAAUUUAUAUGAACUUGGAUUUCUAACUUACAUUGUAAAUUAAUUUAUAGAACAUGGAUUGUGAUAAAGAUUCAAAAAGGACUUCAAAUAUUUAAUAUUUUCUAGCUUGUUAGUUAAGGGCCUUGUCAUUUUUUAAACAUCAUAUUUAUAUUAAAUAACUUUCAUUCUCUUCCAACAACUAAUAGCACCAAAUAAUUUUAUAUUUUUGUCUUUGAGACUUGCGGUCCUCAAAAUAUGUUCUGUUUAUAAACCAAAAGUGAUUGUUUGAAAAAAAAAAUUUUCUAAUGCAAUCCAGCAUCUACAAAAUAGCCACUGCUUAAAAUAAAAAUAUGUAGCUGUUUAUUGUGAACCUAUAUUAUGACCAAGUUAAAAUAAAUUCUAAUCUACUUUCUUGAUGAUUUACUAUAUAUUGGUUAAUUUUUUUGUUUUUAAUAGAUGCGAUGACACAUAUGGAGUGGAAUUACCAAGCAAAGAAGUGUGUGAGCGCACAAGGAAACCAUGCCAGAUAGUUCAAGAGAUCAAUACAGGCUGGCCAGAUUUUUUGCGCUGUGACCACCCAAACUUUGUUUCGGGUUGUGGGGUAAGUGUAUCUAAAGUCUUUUUGGGAUUCUGCCAUUUUAAUGUCAAAUAUAUAGUAAACAGCCUAUUUAAAUGUAGAUCUGAAGUGAUAUUUCAAAGUUUGAAAAAUCUAAAUUACAUUUCAUAUCUUAAAUUGAUUUCAGUAUUUACUUUACUUUCACAAUUUGUUUCUCCGCAGCAAGAGACUUAUGAUAAAUUAACAUUCAACACAACUGGCAAAUGUGAGUCUCCCCUAAUUCGAACAGAUAACCCCAAAAGUUGGUACAAUGAUGUCAACGGAUGUGGUGUGCCAUGUGUUAAUCCACUGUACACUGCUGAGCAGCACCAGGAAGUGCAUAUUUUUGUUGCAGUGUUUGGCUCCAUCUGUCUGGCAUGCACUCUCUUCACUGUGGCAAGUGUUUCUGAUUUAUACACCUACAAUAUUGUUUCCUAUGUUUGGGAGUCUGUGCUCUCAAUCUAGACAAAGAAGAUUUCUAUAGCUAUAGCAGUCAUAUCAUUAUUUUCCAAAAUAUGUUGUAGAAAAAAAUUUAUUAAUUUAAAAAUAAUUUCAGCUUGUAUUGGUGUGAAAAUAUGUGAAGCCUCUACUAAGAUUGAUAACGUCAGGCAAUCCCACAGUCUGGGACUACUGUGGCACUCAAAGGCACCUCUUGAAACUUUAAACUUUUUUUUGUCGUUGCAAAAAUUAAAUAAUUUACCAUGAUUUUAUUAAAUAAGAUAUUUUGUGACAGUUUACUUGUUAUUUUCAUGAUUGAAUCAUUUUUAUAAUUUCUUUUAGUUGACCUUCAUAAUUGACUGGAACAAUGCCAACCGAUACCCUGCACUUAUUUUAUUCUUUAUUAACGCUUGCUUCUUUUUGGGAAGCAUUGGUUGGAUGUCCCAGUUUGCAGGCAAUGCUAGGAAUGACAUUGUCUGUCGGAAAGACGGAACUGUUAGAAAAGGAGAGCCACAGUUAGUAGCUUUUUACUGCAAUUUUGUGAAAUGACCUGUUUAAAAAUAUUCCAUUAAAACAGAAUGUAAAUUUAAACACCUGCUGUGCUAUAAUAUAAUAGUAGACAAUGUAGACAUUAAAUAUAGAUUUCAACAGCAUAAAAAAUGUCUACUUUUAAAACUUUUUUCCUCCCUCAGAGCCAGUGAAAGUAUCUCCUGCACUGUAGUGUUCAUUAUAGUUUACUACUUCCUUGUCGCUGGGAUCUCGUGGUUUGUUAUGCUGGCAUAUGCCUGGUACUUGACGUUUACUGCCCUUGGUACACCAAGGGAUACUCUCAAAUCAAAAACAGCUUAUUUUCACCUCAUCAGCUGGUGCUUUCCACUUGUGCUGACAAUAAUUUGUUUGGCCAUUUCUGAGGUUUGUAGUUGACUUGAUUAGUUAGUGUGAUUAAAAUUUUAUAACAAGCUUUUUUUUAAAUUAAAAAAAUACUUAGUUUAUAUAAAUUUCAUACAAAAUAAAAUUUAACUUAAAUGAAUCUGUUUGUUUCUCAAGUAUCUAGUGCAACACAUAGAGGAUAGCUUUUUUAUUUUUGAUUUUGUUGAAAUCUUUUUUUUAAAAUGUAGAAUUGGUAAAUUCUCGAAAAGAAACGAAAAUAUAACUCUGUGAAAUGUAUUGUAAUUUAUAAGAACAUUUUCAUUCAAAUGAUUCUAAAGUACCACUCUAGUGAUUAUAGUGUUUCCUUCCUGUGUCCAGGUUGAUGGUGAUUCAGUCAGUGGCAUCUGUUUUGUUGGUGGCUUCAACCAUGGAAUUCGAGCUUUGUUUGUGUUGGUACCCGUCGGGCUGGUUGUAGUUGUUGGAACUUUCUUUCUGUUAAGAGGUGAGUUCCGAGGGAAGUUGUAGCAUCAUGGUCUAGAGUUAAUCUUUAGUUCUAAAUUGCCUUGGUAUAAUCCAGUCAUACUAAUCACUCACGUUAGAACAGGCGAGAAAUCAUCGACCAAUCAGCUAACACACGUUUUUUUUGUUUUAAGAAGCAGACACAAAUUUACACUAAAUUUAAAACCUCUCUUCAGCUAAGGUAACCAUUUUAAAAACCAGAAUUUCUUGUCAUCUGAUACUGUUUAAUCUUUCUCAUGCACUCUUCAAACCAGAUAAAUGUUCACGGAAAAAUUGGUAUUUCGUAUCCAAUAAAAUGUAUUGUGUUGAAGUUUCUGUCAAACUGAUGGACAUUCUGCCAUAGCUAAAGAGUUUGAUUAGUUGCCAGCUCACUCAAGAACUCAAUGUCUAGAAUAUCUGUACUCAAUUGUCUGAAAUCAAAAGACAUGGGAAAUUAGCAUGAAUCCAUUUAUAGUAAACAAAAAAAACAAAAAAUAAGAUUUCCAAAGACUUGCUGAUCUUAACUUAUUAAAAAUUGGGAUCACUGGCCUUAACUUCAUAUCCUAACAACAUUUAAUUCCAGCAUAUUUGCAGGACAGUUCUAAGGUGCCGUUGUAAGGGAAUAUGUUUAAGGUCAAUCAUCUGAUGAGAUUUCAUCUAUCUAGUUUAACUUCAGCUUUAUCACCUAUCUUAGGUCUCCACUUCUGCAACUUCUCAGUCAGGCUCCCAAUCUAUGUGUCUAAAUAUGAAACCCAAAUUGGAGAGAUUUUAUAGACAUUGGCGUGUGUUUACUUAAACCAUCCACUUUCAUUGCAAGAAUAAAAAUUAGCGCCAUAUAAGAAAAGAUGCUUUCCACUUCUGGUAGUUAUAUGUAAGUUCGAAAAUGCUCCAGAGAACAACUUGCAAAAGUUGACCUUUGCACUUUAAAAAUAAACAUAAACAAUUUUUCAAGUCUAAGUAAAUUGAAAAAUUACAAAUCCAUAGAAAUUAAAUAAAUAUUAUUGUAUAUAAGUAUAUGAUCUAUUCACUUUUAUUGCUUAAUUUUGUUCAUUUGUGUUGACUUUCAAUGUUUUUACUUUUACAAUUUCAUGCUUUACAUUAUCAACAAAAACGCUGCGUUGCAAUAGUCAGGAAUUUUUUUUUAGUUAGGAAAGUUGGGGAAAUGUAGGGAAUUUUGUUUUAAAAAGAGAAACCCUGACAUCAGCUAUGAAGCUCAACUAAAGAACCUUAUAUAUCUAUAGUGAAUUCCAUUUUAUUUUAGUUCUGACUUGAUUGUAAUUUAUAAAAGACAGAUCAUAUUUUGCCUUCUAUAUCACAAUAAUUGGUAGACUGAUAACUUAAGUUAAUAAAAACAACAUUAAAAAAACUGACGUGACUGUAUAUAUUGUAGGUGUCUAUACAUUACUGAAGAUAAAAAAAGAAGCUCCUGUUUUUAUACCUGAAAAGACUUUCUCUAAAAUUCGAGACACAAUCCUGAGACUUGGUAAGUCCCUUUCUUCAUUUCACAUAAAUUUGCCAGGAUUAAAAAAAUUUUUUACAUUUAUAAAACCAAAAUUGAUAAGAUAGGAUUAGAUAAAAUUCUUGUAUUGAUCCAAAAAAAUGGAAAUGUGAUUACAUUAUACACGUUCAUUUUAAACAUGCUGGUAAACAUUCUGAUAAAUUUAAAAAUUUUAAACCAGAACAAUUUAACAUAAAACAUUUAAAGCAUUUCUAUAAUCGCUAAAAAUCAGGCAUCAUAUUUCAUAAAACUUCACUUCCUUAAUGACUUUGACUUUAAUGUGAAAUCUUGGAGACGGGGAUUAAAUGUAAACUAUCUGUUGAAACAAAACCACUCAAUAAAUUCAUUGUUGGUUUGUUUUCAGGGAUCUUCACGGCGGUGGCCUUGACAUUUGCAUUUAUUACUUUCUCUGUCCAUGUUUACAUUUUUGCCAAUGAAGACAGAUGGAGAUCAAGUUUUAGAGAAUAUAUGUAGUGAGUAUUUCUCUGUGGCCUUGACGUUUGCAUUUAUUACUUUCUCUGUCUAUGUUUACAUUUUUGCCAAUGAAGACAGAUGGAGAUCAAGUUUUAGAGAAUAUAUGUAGUGAGUAUUUCUCUGUGGCCUUGACGUUUGCAUUUAUUACUUUCUCUGUCUAUGUUUACAUUUUUGCCAAUGAAGACAGAUGGAGAUCAAGUUUUAGAGAAUAUAUGUAGUGAGUAUUUCUCUGUGGCCUUGACGUUUGCAUUUAUUACUUUCUCUGUCUAUGUUUACAUUUUUGCCAAUGAAGACAGAUGGAGAUCAAGUUUUAGAGAAUAUAUGUAGUGAGUAUUUCUCUGUGGCCUUGACAUUUGCAUUUAUUACUUUCUCUGUCCAUGUUUACAUUUUUGCCAAUGAAGACAGAUGGAGAUCAAGUUUUAGAAAGUAUAUUUAGUAUUUCUGAGUCAAUGUAUACAUUUUUUAGCUGGGAUUUAUUGCUCUUUUCAGAUAGUAUUCUGUUUCCAAGACUCGCACAAAAACAUACGGUGAACGAUCUUUCUCUUUCUGUGACCCCAAACAAUGGAAUUCUCUUCCACUACACAUCUGCAAUAUACCAACCAUCACAGCCUUCAAAACUGCACUCAAAACACAUCUCUUUAAACUCUACUAUCCUGACUGAUUCCCCCCUCUAACCGAUAAAACGAUGCUGCUGGGUGCCGUCCAUGGCUUGACAUAUAAAUAGUUAUGGAAUGGGUGGAGUGAAAAUACAUUUGUUUUGUUUUAUUUAAUCAAUGUAUGUUAAUUUUUAAGUUCAUGAUUAUAUUUUUUAAAUUGUAUGUACUGCAUGGUGAGCCCAGCCCAGUGGCUUAGCUAGGGGGGGGGGGGCAGGGGGGGGAUAUGUGUUAGGGGGGGCCAAAAUGGGUAUUAAAACUAAUUAUUUAAUUUUAUUUUGUGUUAAACUAAUAAUGAGUAUUAAAACUAAUUAUUUAAUUUUAUUUUGAUGUAAACUAAUGUAUCCCAAAUACGUUUGCAAGAUUGAAUUUUGGAGCUCCACAAAUAUCUUCAUUACAAACCAGUUGGCAAGCAUGAUUUUUUGCGCCCCAUUGAGCAUUAAGGGGCCCCAUUCUAUUCAUAAACAAAUGACACAUCCACAAUGUAGGAUUGCUGAUGGCGUUUUUUUGAAAAACAAAGAUCAGUUCGGGUUCAAAUAUUAUUUUUCAUAUACUGAAAGUGGCAUGUGGUUUUAAAAAUUAUACAUGUUGGAUAAUUUCGAUUCCAAUAUAGGAUUUUACCUGAGUGCAAGGAAGAUAGAAUAAUACUUAACAUAAGUUGAAAAGAGAAAGAUAGAUAACAAGUAUUCGUCUCAUUUAAAAUAGUCUGUAGCUUUCUCUCACUUCCCACAGUAUAAAACAGUAUAAAAUGUUGGAAACUUUCUCUCUGUGAUCAAACUCGUUGCUCAGUAUGAUCCACUGUUAGAAAAAACCUACAACAUGCCCGAGAAAAUCCAGGUCCAGUAUCUUAUUUUUCACCGGAAAUCCAAAAUGAAUUUAUCCACCUACUUGCAUCGACUGUAAGGAAUCAGCUAUUGAGUGAAAUCAGAAAAAACAAUUACUACGGUAUCUUACUUGACUCAACACCCGAUCUAGGACACCGGGAACAGCUUUCUCAGUCAUCAGAUUUGGGGAUGUGAAUUUUCAAACUAAAAAAGUAACCAUCAAAGAAUCAUUUUUAGGUUUUGUUCAGAUACAUUCCAAAGACGCAGCAAGCCUUGAAAGAGUUAUCGUAGAGAAACUGGAAUCUGAUAACAUACCUCUAGCCGACUGUCGGUCACAAUGUCAUGACAAUGCUGCGGUACUGACUGGGCAUACAUCCUGCCUUCAAUAGCGAAUAUGUGCCAAAAAUCACAGAGCAUUGUUUGUCAACUGUGACAACCACAGCUUAAACUUAGCAGGAGUACACUCAGCUAAACAGGAUCCAGUUGUUAUCAUAUUUUUGGAACAGUUGAAAGUAUAUAUUUGUUUUUCUCUCGUUCAACAACUCGUUGGGAAGAAUUAAAAAGAGUUGUGCCAAUCAAGGUGAAGAGGGAGUCUGAAACACGCUGGAGUGCACGAUUAGAAGCUGUUAAAACUAUUUAUGAAGGACUAGAUGAACUAGUAGGGCUGUUGGAACAAUUAUCAAAAGAUGCAACUAUGAUGCCUGAAACCAGAAGUGAUACAGAAACUUUGCUGGCCGGUAUAUUAAACUUUAACUUCCUAGUUUUGUUACAUUUCUGGAAUAUCAUACUUCAUAAAUUGAUAGUGUCCAGAAACGGUUGCAGGAUCCUACUGUGAAUUUCAAGGAAGAAGCAUCUGAACUUGAAUCGCUGGAGCAAGAACUUGUCAACAUUCGUGAUAAUUUGAGCCAGUUUGUGGUAGACAAUUGAAAAACAAGAUGCACAACCUGGGCAAUUGAGGUUUACAGAAGGAUUAGAUGACAUCGGAGGAUGUCUGGAGAAUUAGCAAGAGAUGCAGGAUUUUCGGCAGAAGAAGAAAUUGCACGUGAUAUGAACAGCGUAAUUGAUAAACUCCAACAGGAGAUAUCAAUACGGUUUUUACGUCUAAAAAAGCUAAACACUAAAUUUGGAUUUUUACUAGACGUCAAUAAUCUUCUCGCUGAUACAAAUGUCGAUACACUUCGUCAAAAUUGCUUUGAUUUUGGAAAUUUCUAUGACACUGACAUCAAUGGUCACGAAUUGUGCACAGAAAUCGGAGACUGCAAAAUGCUGCUCAGUACCGGAACUGCAGUUCUACCGGAAACUCUUUUGGAUCUUCUUGGUUUUAUUGUUUCAUAUGGAGAUGGCGUAUUUCCGAAUCUGCGCAUUUCACUGCAAAUUGCUUCAAUUACAAGCUGUGAGCGGUCCUUCAGUAAAAUGAAGCUUAUUUUGUCUUCAAUGGGACAAGAUCGUCUGAGUGAUCUUGCACUUCUUAGCAUCUAAAGAGAAACACUUGAGAACAUUAAUUUUGACAAAGUGAUAGACGAGUUUCAAUUUGUUGUAGACUAUGUCUAUUCCAGUCAUGUACAAUUAGUAGUGUAUAUAUAUAUAUUUUCAAAUAAAUUGUUUACAAUCGUAUAGAGAAUUAUUAGUCUGUAUUCUAUUUCAUUAAAAUACCAGAUGCUUUGAAAAUGAACCAUAUAAACCGUAAAAUUUCAAAAUUUUCUUGGGGGCUCAGACUGAGCCCCCAGACUCUGUCGGUCUGAGAAGGGGCGCAGAUUUUGUGUCAUGUCCCCGGGCGCAGAUGACCCUAGCUACGCCACUGGCCCAGCCCUAGGCUGGGGUACUGCGCUAUAUAAAACCACUAAUAAUAACAAUAAUAACAUUUAUGUUUAAAAAGCUUUUUACAAAUGUUAAAUAAUUUCAGGUGUUAAUAAUUGUAGUGAUAUUUUUAAUUCACCAGCUGUGUUGCCAAUGUGUCAGUGACAGUUUAUCAUGGAGACACAGAAUCAACCUGCGUCAUCAAAGAUCGACCUAGUCUUGUUGCCAUGGAGAUUCACAUUUUUGCAUUUUUUGGUGCCGGUAUUGCCAUGAGUUCCUGGUCUUGGACCAAAGCUUCUCUUUCAGCCUGGGAGAGGUUCUUCAGAUGGUGAGUCUUUUUAAUGUUUAAAUUGUUUUUAUUUUGAAACUUUAGUAUUGUUGUAACAUUUCUGUCAGGCUUUGUCCUUUAUUCAGUGAUAAAUUGCAAAGGACAGUUGUAACAUUUUGCUGGAUUGAUUAGAGAAAGUACUCAAAAAUGUGGCCACAUUUUACUCCAUAUUUGAUAGGAUAUUUCAUAAGCCGUCCAACAAACCAGUCAAGUUAAAACGGCACCGAAUGAUUGCCCAGGCUUUUGAGAAAAGGAAGGAGAUCAACCAAGGGAGAGUAUCCAUCAGCUACAGGAGCUCACACGAUGAUCCCUUGGGUAAAUAAUAAUGUUAUUUAUUUUUUGCUAUCUUUUGAAAAAAAACAACAUGUAACUAAAAGAUAAUACUUGGUUCAUGGAAAUAUAAAGAGAAUGGUAACAAAGUGGGAGGGGCAUGGUUUUAAAAUGAAUAUAGUCUAUAGUUCUUUAUAAUUGAUAUCAUACUGAGACCUUUGACAUGCCACACCUAUAAAUGCUGUAUUUAAUCAUUAAUUGACAAACUUAUGCCAGAAAAUGGCACCAAGAUAUAGUUUUCCAGGGGAAAAACCUCUCAUAAUAUGACCAUUAGACUAUUUCUUUUUAUUCCUAUUUCUAGAGGUGUACUGUAAUUAAAUUUAAAAUUGAAUAUCAGAUUUGAUUAAUUUUGUAUUUUUGUAUUAAAAUGGUUAAAAUUCCAACCCAGAAUUAUAUAAAUAUUUAAAAUACAUAUAUUUUACUAUCAAAUAAAUCAAUGUUCCUUCCAACGCUUUUAGACUGAUGAGUUGUUAGUCUACGUAAAGUACCCUAUUAUUAUUUUGGAUAUUUAUUUGUGAUAUCAUAUUGUAACAACUUGAUUUCCAUCUCAACUAUGAACAAAUAGGAAUGAAGUUUGACCUCAACAGUGCCAGCGAUGAUGAACUGUCCUCCAAUUUUGCGAUGGCCAUGCCCAAGUUGGUCUGUAGGCGGGGAGGAUUGAUA